CUACUUUGUACCUUAUUGUGUAAUUAAAAUGUGCCUAUAUACCUAAAACUGCUGAAGAUUUAUCGAUCAUGUGUCAAUGUAUACGAUCUUUCACGUUACCUUUUUACGACCCAUAGUUUAAUGUUGCAUUCGAAUGUAUUAGAAUGUUAAACACUGUAUUAUUUUUUCACGUUCCUAUUGACGUCUGACUAUACGCAUGGUAGGUCGCACUGUAGUGGAUACUGUUGUUUCAACAGUUUCACAAAAAAAGAAGAAACGUAUUAAAACAACGACAAAAAGUACAAUAAACGCUUUAGGCCAGGCCAGACAGUACAGUACACACACACAGCGGGAAAAAGUUUCUAUUGCCUCGAUGAUUGUGUUCUGAAGCUUUGUGUUUCGCAGCAAAUUACCAUGCCGGUUGAUGACAACGGAGCAAAAAUAAAUGUUUUGACGAUGUUCUCAUCAUACCAAUGUACAGUGGGACAACAGCAGCAGCAACAACAACAAAAAGUUCUACCAUUCUGGUGGUGUGAUUGAAACCUAGCAAUUAUUACAUUGAAACUUGCUACAUCGAGCCUGUCGGAAACGCUACCAACAUGCCUUCGUUAGGGAUAUCGUGUGUACGCUAUAUGGUGUUUUUCUUCAACUUCCUGUUUGCGAUCACCGGGCUGGUCGUGAUUGUUACGGGAGCCAUCAUUCAAUCGAAUUAUUACCAUUACUCGAACUUUGUCGGUGACAACUUCUGGACCGCACCGAUCGUACUCAUCGUCAUCGGGUCGAUCAUCUUCGUCGUGGCAUGCUUCGGUUGCUGCGGUGCCGCCAAGGAGAGCCCGUGCAUGAUCAUCACCUUUUCCAUUUUCCUGGCACUGGUGUUCCUGGCCGAGAUCGGCAUCGGCAUCGCCGGGUACUACAAGCACGAAGAGCUGAGCGGCAUACUGGAGAAGGGCUUCAACAAGACGCUGGACAGCUACGCCACGGACAAGGGCGCCCAGGAGGCGUGGAAUCUCGUGCAGUCGGAGAUGGUGUGCUGCGGUAUUAAGGGACCGGAGGACUGGGAACCGAUCUACAAGAACGACACGGUGCCGCGGGCCUGCUGCCACCGGAUGCCGGUCGGUGUGAACAAGUGCACCAGGGAGUACGCCUCGACGGAGGGCUGCUUCUCGAAGCUGUCCAGCUAUCUCGGCUCGAAAUCGCUCAUCCUCGCCGGCAUUGGCAUCGGGUUGGCCAUUGUGCAGCUGAUUGCUGUCCUGCUGGCCUGUUGUCUGUAUGGAUCCUUCCGCCGUCAGUACGAGACCGUCUAAAUUGAAGGAGCAGAGAGAGAGCAUUUUAAGCGAAGAAGGCGAAUACACGACAUCCAUCUUGAAUGCAAUAACAUCACCAAACCACAUACACUCUAUCUCUCUUUCCCUCUCAACUGUCCCACACGGUUACAUUCCUGCUACCGAAUCAAUCGAAACAGUAUGGACAAGUCGAUUUAAUAUCAUCUCAUUACCGAUAAACCCCCCAAAAAAUGAAACUCACCUCUAACUUUCCUCUAACAGAAGGAAGAAUGCAGAACUUUAAAAUAUUCAAGACAUUUCUGUUAGAAAUUACACAACAACAGAAACAACAACAGGCUCAGAAAAAAAACCCGGAAAAAGAAUACCAUUUGAAUACCUCCAACUCCACCCGGUGGUAGAGCAAUCCCCAAAGGCACUAUCACUACCCGUUCCCACCUUUAUCUCCCAGCCAAAAGCACACCAGCCAACCAGACAUUCGAAUGUGGGAACAAAUGAAAAUCAAUAAUUUUUCGCUGUAUCGAUAGAGUAUCGAGAAGUUGUUUAAUGAAAAGAAGAAAAAAAAAGGGAAGGUGUAGUACACGCGGUUUAGAGCGUCGUCCGAAUGCGCGCAUUUAUCAAUACUAUGCAUCCCUCUAGAAAGCAGAGAGAGAGAGAGCAGCAGCAGCAGCAGUCCCCCCUUGAAACGUUACGUGCUAUGCACGAAGAAGUACCAUCAUCACUACUUUGGUCCAUAGUAUAGCGAUACACACAGUUAUAGUAUAGCAGACAGUCGUAGUUUCAUCAAAUGCUAACGUUGAUAAGAAGAUAAGAGAAGGGGGAAAAAUGGUAGCCGAUGUAUAGGAGCGAGACCAAUAGGCAGGAGCAAAGAGCGCCCAGAAGAGGUAGCAGCGAACGUUUUGCAUUUUAUUUCACGCUUUAGAUGGUGUAGAAAACUCCUUAACCACACACACACACUCACUGUGAAACUUUUUAACAUUCCCAACUGAUGUGUGUCCCACUUAGUGUGCUAUUGGCGCACAGAAUCAUGCUGUGUGUGUGUAGAUAAUUCCAAAAAGUGAACCACCAACCAAGCUUAAAUGUCGGAUCGAAUAUCGAAUAAGCCAUGUAUGCCGUUACAACAGUCUAUAUGUGUAUGAAUUUUACAGAUAUAUACAUUUAAAUGUAGAUCGUGAUCGGAUACAAUACGUUCCACUAACAUUUACAGAAGAGGGAUUUUCAAUGUUUUGUUUUUUUCCAUUUUAAUAGCUUUUGGAAUUUCGGAAGAUUCGGUAGAGGACAGCAAACAACAGAAAUUGAAUUAAAAAUGAAUUUAAUAUUACCACGUUAAGGCUGGCGUUAAAGCAUAGCAUUUAUUCUUGCAUAAAAUCAUUCCAUUUUUUAUUAUACUUUCCAUAAACAUUCUGGUGAAGUGAGAGGAAACGUUUCUUAUAACGAUUAGAAACUAUUUUCUAUUCCAACUGUCACAUUUGUUUAAACCUAUUAACGGAAGUUUUAAACUUGCACCGAAAAUGCACUGGAAUGCAAUCGGGAGGGAAGAGGGAAGGGGUUUGAUUGCACACGGUUUGAGAAAAUCAUUUAACACUCACAUACACAACCUAGGAUGUUGGUUUGAUUGGUUCGAUGCGAAUAGGAAUACAUUUUUAGGUGUCCACUGUGUGUGUGUGUGUGGCACGAUUACACAAGGUUUUGCAAUUUAUAUUGGCACGUACACCUUCCCCUUUACCUUUUUACACACCAUCACGAAGAAUCUCACAAUGUUUGCUAAAUAGUAAUAAAUAGGAGGGAAAUGAAACAGCAGAAACAAAUUCAUUUUGCAUAGAGGAUUGUAAGAAAACAAUCGCUCCUCGUUCUCUCUCUCCGCCCAAAAAAGUAGGUAACAGCAGGCACCGCCAUAAGUGUAGUGCAGUAGAAGAAGUACAGCGCUAUAAAUGUGUGUCUGUGUGUAUCACGAAGAACAAUAUUGUUCAAUUUUAGUAAUGCAUUACGAUUUGCGUAUGCCCUCAAAGAUCGAUUUAUCGCAAACAUAAUAACGAACGAAAAGAAAAACCCGGGCAAUGAAAGAAGGAGGGCAUGCAAACGUUUUUUUGGUGAAAUACAUACAAUACAUAAAUGAAACUAUUUACAAAAGCUGCUCAAAAUAUACGGAAGAAAAUAUAUAAUAACAUAGAAAGAGGUUUUUUGUUGUAACACACAAUCACACACACAUUCUCUGUUGUUUUAUGAAUAUGAAACAUUAAAAAAACAAGUGAAAUAUUUUUCUCGUUUUUAACACCACAUCCACCAUUUAACAAGGACGAAAAACACAAGGAAACAUAAAUAAUUAAAAAAAAAACACUGUAGUCAGUAGGAAGUAUUUUUGCUAUUUUUUUUUCCUGUACCGGUGGAUGAAUAUACAUUAUUAUAUUUUACAUUUUUUCUGUGUGUUGCAUCAAUGUAUUUCUCAGUAGAGGUGUGUGGAAGAAGCAGAGCAGCUGUGUUAAUAUUUUUAUAAAUGUAUUUUACUGAUUAAUUGCUAGAGACACUACCUACAAUAAAAAUGAAAGGUGUAGGCCGAUACACGGCUAAACUGAAAA